AUGACGCUCACUUGUUGCUUCACAGGAUUAGUGAAACUUUUCCAGCAAUACAUUAACGGACCUAGUUUGAGUCAAAAGGCUUUGACACAACUUCUUUUCUGGCAGGACGGCUCGCGCGUCCUUGUUGCUUUUUCAGUUCCAACUGAAACGGGUUGAGUUUUCUCAGAAAUGUCUCUGGCAGAGCAAAGCCAGCAGUGGUAUCCCACCAGCGUCCAGGUAACGGUGCUCCAGGCGCGGGGGUUGCGGAUCAAGGGGAAGAAUGGCACCAACGACGCGUACGCCAUCAUGCAGGUGGCAAAGGAUAAGUUCUCCACCUCGGUGGCCGAGAAGAGUGUCGCGCCGGUGUGGAAGGAGGAGGCCGCGUUCGACCUGCCGCUCUUUCACCCUAGUAACGCGGAGCGCUGCACCCUACAGGUGUGUGUGAUGCACCGGGCUCUGAUGGGUCCCGAUAAAACACUCGGUCAGGCGACCGUCAACCUCCUGGAGCUCCAGGACAAUAAAUCCCGUAAUAAAUCAGAGUGAGUGAACGUGACUUUACAUG